AUGGCCACUCUUCGCUCCGCGUUCAUCCUCGCGUUGGUCCUCGUCUCUCUCCCUGCGCUCUAUGCCGCGGCUGCGCCACUGCAGGGUGACAUGGCUGGUGGAAGUGCAGGCGUGGACGCGGCGAGUUGGGGGCGCAAGCUGCUGGAAGCGAGCGGCGGUGACCUGGACGUGGGUGGCGAGGAGGAGGAGGUGGGGGAGGCGACGGACGGGCUGGACGAGGCGGUGCGGGUGCUGCUGAGCUGGAAGAAGAUCAAGAACGCGGCGAAUCAAGCGGCGAAGAGCGAGGCGGGGCAGAAGGCGGGAGGGUUGGUGAAGAAUGUGGUGAAGAAGGGCGGCAAGGAGGCGCUCACGGCUGCAGUCAACGCGUUCCGCAGCGGCAAGGGCGCCAAGGGUGCCCUGCAGGCGGGCGCUGGCUGCAGCCAAGACCGCAAAAACGAUGAUUUAAGUGGGAGAGGGGAGGGGAAGAGGCACUGCGGAGUGGAGUGGAUCCGGGCGUGCCUUUGGUUGCUUGGUGAUGCUGCGUGUGUGGGUGUGUGGGGCCGGGUGUGGGUUGUGAUGCUGGUGUGGUCUGUGGCUUUUGUGAUGCUGUAA